AUGGCGACGGCGGUGCCGAUGUACGGGAGGCGAGGAAAAGUUUUGGAAUCGGGGGAUUCGCGAGCGUGGAGACCGAGCGAGGCGAGGGAUUUCGGGGCGUCCGGGGGGGCGUUUCCCGAGUGUGCGGUCGUGCAGUUCCCGCACGGGAUGGGAUGGGAUCACGGGGAUGGGGAUGCGUCGGCGCCGGUGACGCUGGGGGUGGAUUUUGAGACCCUGUGCGGGACGGCGGCGGCAAAGGCGUUCGCCGAGCGUCGGUCCACGCCCGAGUACGACGGGUUCUUGCGUCACGUCGAUCGGUGCGCUGAGAUUGUCGGUGAGUAUGGAGACUGGACGCGCGUUGCGUCCACGGGGGGAGCGCUUCGAGGGGCGGUGGCGGUUCGUCGAGUGUCCGGAAUAGACCCGAACACGGUGGAAGCGUCUUUCCUCUUGGGCGAGGGCGAACCGGUCGUCGUCGAGGACGGCGGACGAAAUUGGGCGUCUUGGACGAUGGAUGAUUUCAAGCUUGAGCUCGAUUCAUUUUUCGUUCGAUGUAACGAUCGCGCGCCGGCGAGACGGUCUGAGGAGGGUCCGUUGCAGCGCACGCAUCAGCUCGCGUUUCGGGACUACGUCGACUAUGUCCACAGGAGAGACGGUGACGGGUGUUCGCCUCGAAGUUUUGAUCGCGAGCGCGUUCCAUUCUAUGCAAACGGAUUACGAGCGUUCAGCGAGUCCGACAGCGCCGAAACGCUCGCUAAAGCGUUUCCUCGACCAUACUUUGCUCGCGAGUGCGAUCAAACUGACGCGCUCGUCGCAUCUAUCACGAGCGAGCUCGGUAAGCGCCUUCGAUUCGACGAGCACAUCUCCGAAACUCUCGCUAAAGGUGUCUCAAAGUCUCUCGAUAAGGUAUUCUGCGGUCCAAGAGGUGCCAUCACGAGACUUCACUUUGAUGCUGGUGACGCACAUGGCUAUCUUGGCCAGGUCGUUGGCCGCAAGCUGUUCGUCUUUUUCCCGCCGAGUGACGGUGACAAGCUCGGUGUGAUUCAGAACGAUCCAACACACGCCCUUAUCGAUCCAUUAGAUCCGGAUUUCGAGCGUUUUCCGAGAUUUUGCGACGCCCAACCUCAUGCAUGCAUCCUCGCCCCGGGUGAAGUCGUCCUCAAUCCGAGACGCUGGUGGCACUAUGCGGUGAGCCUGGACUCGAGCGUUACGGUGAUGCGGAACUUUUACACGGUGAACACGAACGCCGAAGCGCUCGUCGAAAUGUUCGUGUCGUCUGCGGCGGGGACUAUGAAAGACUCGAGCGGACAGCUGGGCCCGCGCGCCGCCACGCUCUGA